GCUUGUUGAUGACGUCAUCGUACCUGCCUCAGUGGAAAAAUGGCCUCAGGCACAGAGACCACGGAGCAGGAGGAGCUGGUUAAAAAAAACGGAGCUACGUCAGUGAUUUGGACUUGGUUCGGAUUUCAAAAGUCGGAUAGUGAGCAGAAAAAUGUAAUUUGCAAGAUUUGUCGAGUGACAGUGCCUGCAAGCAAAGGUAACACGAGCAAUUUGUUUUACCAUCUAAAAACAAAACAUGUCCUCGAGUAUGGAGAGAGCCAGAGGAUGCGCUCCACUCAAACGCCUGGUCACUCGCUGAACACAGGUGGGAAGAAAAAAGUUUGCCCUACUACCCAAACGCAGACCUCUAUUGCGCAAGCUUUUUCAAAGAGUACCCCCUAUGACAAAAAGAGUAAGCGUUGGACUGACAUUACAAAAGCCAUUACGGUACACUUGUGCAAAGACAUGGUCCCGUUCCAAACAGUGGAGCGCAGCGGGUUUAAAGACAUGAUUAAAACCCUUGAUCCACGAUACGUAGUGCCGAGCCGCAAGUACUUUAACGAAACAGAAAUGCCCAAACUGUACGGCCAGCUCCGAGAGAAAGUUGAACAAGACCUCCGUGAGUUAAAGUAUUUUGCAACUACUACGGACUUGUGGUCGAGUCGCACCAUGGAGCCUUAUAUCAGCCUCACAAUCCAUUUCUUAACUGAUGAGUGGGAACUGGCCAGCCGGUGCUUACAGACUUCAUACUUCCCUGAGGACCAUACGGGUGAAGCAAUAGCGGAGGGAUUGAAGGACGCGCUGGAGUCAUGGGGUCUCAGGGAAGAAUCUCAAGUGUGCAUAACCACCGACAACGGCGCAAAUGUGGUGAAGGCAGUGACUCUGAACGACUGGAAAAGGCUGCAGUGCUUUGGUCACAGGCUCCAUCUCGCCAUUGAGAGAAGUGUGAAGGAUCCUCGUGUGGAGCGCGCAAUUGGUGUGUGUAAAAGGAUUGUGAGUGCCUUUUCGAAUACAUGGAAAAGAAAGAGAGAAUUGGCCACUGCCCAGGCUGAGCUACACCUGCCUCCUCACCGGCUCAUCACUGAAACACCAACAAGGUGGGGGUCACGCCAACAGAUGAUAGAGCGGGUUCUUGAACAGGAGAAGGCCAUAUCACAGGUCCUGAGAGCAGAUAAAAAGACCAGACAUCUGGUACCUACUUGGCAGGACAUUGAUGUUUGGGAGUCUAUAAGCAAGACCCUCAGCCCCCUCAUGGAGUUCACAGAUGCACUGUCUGGGGAAGAAUAUGUCAGUGUAUCAUACCUCAAACCUGUGCUUCAUCUGCUAAACAACACAGUUCUUCUUCAUUCUGAAGAUGACACAGAUCUGACAAAACACAUGAAGACAGCUGUCCUCCAGUAUCUUAAUGAGAAGUACUCUGACCCUGCUACCAAUGACCUGCUGGAUAUGGCAUCCUUUGUCGAUCCACGGUUCAAAGACACAUAUAUAGCUGAUGACAGAAGGGAAUACAUCAAGACCAGAGCAGCAGCGGAAAUUCAGGCACUGCUUGAGAUGCAAGCUUCAUCUGCCACAGAGUCACCCCCACAAACAAGCAUGGCAGCUGCUGGUGGAGCUGAGGAAAGAGAACCUAAGAAGGUGAAACGGAGUCUGGGCAGUUUUUUCAAAAAAGCAUCCACUCAGCCUGACCCAGCUGCUCUCUCGGACAGAGAUGCCAUUGAAGUGGAGAUAAAAAGUUACCUGCAGUCACUGGAGGUUGAUGGAGAAGCUAACCCACUAGAGUGGUGGAGGCUGCACCAGGCUAAUUUCCCAAGGGUGGCAAGCCUGGCAAAGAAAUAUCUCUGCAUCCCUGCCACCAGUGCCCCAUCAGAGAGGGCAUUUAGCACUGGUGGCAACAUUGUCACAUGUCGCCGGUCUGUGUUAAAGCCAGAGACUGUGGACAAGCUUGUGUUCCUGGCUAACAAUCUGUAAAAGAGGAUGGGAAGCAAGUGAACUAGAGUAAAAACCAAAGCUAAGUGUUUGUGUUUGCAGCUUGAUUUUAAUUUAAAAUAUGCUGUUUUUUUCUUAACUGAAAAGAUGCCAAGUGUAUUUUCAGUAUUUCUUUCUCAAAAAAUAUCUGUAACUUGAGAGAUUUGGUGUUGAGUGACACAUUUGCACUGUAAAACAAAAGCCUGUUGUACUUGAAGUAGUGUUAUUUUGAGCAUUUAUUUUAUUUUUGUGUUCAUUAAGAUGUAGAAAAAUUGGUGUUUGGUUACUUUUGCACUGUUUUCAUUACAGAAAACAAUCUGUUGUAUUUAAGGUGCUUUUUACAAUCUUAUUUAUUAUUGUGUUCUUGCAGUGAGAAAUUUUUGUUGGCAACCUUGUAACUGUUUUUGCCAUUUGCAUUUUAUAGAAAACCUCUUUUACUUGAAGUACUGUUUACAAUAUCCACUUUAUCUUUGUGUUCUUUAAGAAGUGAGCGAUUGUUGUUGAGAAAAUGUUCACUAUUUUUACUAGCAGCCUGUUGUACUGUUUUUAUUUGAAAUAUUACCAAUGUUAUUUGUUCGUGUGUACUAUUUUGCACCAUAGAGUGCUGAGUUUUAAUUUUGAGUUUUGAG